GUGAGUGAUAUUUCCAUCAAAGGAAAUUUUAAUUGAUGAGAAAGAGCAUUGCAGUACAUCAAACAAGAUAAUUAUCAUUUAAGAGCAUCCGAUAACCAAUAAGAAGGCCUAACCUUCCAAGAACAAAUAGCAAAACCUCGCAAACCCAAAGUUACAAAGUUUAUGCAACUACAUUUGCCGAUCUACGAAUAAAAGGAAAAUCGCAAAUCCUAAACCAAUCAACUUUUCGACUAAUAUCUUCGAUGACAACUUCCAUUAUCCUUGGGCAAAAUCUUUUGCUAUCCAAAUUUUGAAUCAACUAGCGCAAGUCCCCUUCAACCAUAAGUGCAUCCAAACCCAACAACUUAGCAAGUUGUAAGCCGUUCCUGCACGCCAUGACCUCUGCACACAGAACCAAUGACACCCGCCCCAAAUUGAAUUGAUCGGGAAGCCAAUCCAACCUAUUUGAUUCGUCAUCAGCUUCCCGAUCCGACCAUUCGUCAUCAGACCACCAUUGCCGCUAAAGGACCAUCACCACCAUCAUUGUCGGAACCCAAAACGGUACCUCGAUGGUGAAGCAGAAGCCGAGAAAAAGGAAAAAGAAAGAAAAACACAAACAAAUUCCUCACCUCAUACUCGUUUCCGAGUCUACGUGGCGUUGCCUCUAUUUAACCACACGACAUUAUAACCGCAAUGACAGAUGAUUUGCGAAAAAAUUAAUUGUACAGACAUAACCAAAUCAAAUUUCUCACAACGGAAGUCGCAAAUGUAUCACUCGGUUUCCCAUCGGAAAUUUGAACGCGGGUGCGUAUGCAAGUUCGGCCAUUAUCUCCACCCACUAAUUUCUUCCAGCAUUCAUGUACCUGAACUUUUUUCCAAGUAACUUUUCAAAACCAUUGAAGACCAACCUUUUUUCUUUCAGGUCCUACAGGUGUGAUUCUCAGUUCUCUCAUUUUACUGUUAAUUCCAAAGUCUACAGGCAAAUAUAAAAAUAUGGGGACACUUACCCAAAUGCAAGUGCCUAUAAAUUACAACAUUUGAUCACCAUCAAAUAUAAAAACAUGGAGCUUUUGCAGAAACUACGCUGCCCUGUUUCUGUAAUUAUUUUUGCUAUACUUUUUUCCUCAACGGAUAGUGCCUUUGGUUCGGUUGAAGAGGCUAAUGCUCUCCUCAAGUGGAAAGAAACCCUUCAGAGUGCCGAUAGUUCUGUGCUAACCACAUGGAUGCUGAAUCAAAAAAAUGGCUCCAGUUCAAGUGCCAGUAGCCCAUGCAACUGGUUUGGGGUUUCUUGCAAUGCUGAAGGAAGCGUCACCCGGUUGAACCUCACGAAUUCAGGCGUGAACGGUACUCUCGAAACCUUUUCAUUCCCGUCAUUUCCUAAUCUCGUUUAUCUUGAUCUAAGCAUGAAUGAACUCUCUGGUCCUAUCCCACCUCAAAUCAGUUCACUCCCGCUUGUUUACCUUGAUUUGUCAAUUAAUAAGUUUUCUGGAAAUAUUCCACCAGAAAUUGGCCUCUUAACAAAUCUUGAAAUACUCCAUUUCCUAGAAAAUCAAUUGGAAGGCUCAAUUCCUCGAGAGAUAGGCCAGUUGAAGUCUCUUUCUGAGCUUGCUUUGUACACCAAUUAUCUUAGUGGUCCUAUCCCUUCUUCUUUGGGCAAUUUGAGCAACUUGGUUGCUCUAUACCUAUAUGACAAUCAACUUUCUGGCUCCAUCCCUAAAGAAAUAGGAAACCCCUCCAAUCUUGAGCUGGUUUUCUUGGAUAACAAUAGACUAACUGGUCCCAUUCCAUCAACUUUUGGAAACUUGAGUCGCUUGACUGUGCUGCACCUGUUCCACAAUGAACUUUCCGGCUCCAUACCCAAUGAAAUAGGAAAGUUGAAAGGAUUAGUCAGCCUAAGCUUCCACACCAACAAUCUUAGUGGGUCAAUUCCACCGUCCUUGGGUAAUCUGACCUCCCUCCCUCUCCUCCAUCUAUACAAGAAUCAACUUUCUGGUUCCAUUCCCAAGGAAUUUGGAAACUUGAAGUCUAUUGUGGACUUAGAAAUGAGCUAUAACCACCUUAGAGGUUCCAUUCCCGCUUCGUUUGGAAACUUGUCUAAAUUAGCACAACUGUUCUUGAGUGUAAACAACCUUUCUGGUCCUAUUCCACAAGAAUUUUGCAAUUUGAAAAACUUGGUCACUCUCCAACUGGACGGAAAUCAAUUUUCCGGCCAUCUCCCAGAUAUUUUCCAAGGAGGGAAACUUCAAAAUCUCAGCGUAGAUGCCAACCAGUUAACGGGUCAUAUCCCUAAAAGUUUGAAAGACUGCUCAAGCCUAGUCAGAGUCCGCCUUGAAGGAAACCAACUAAUUGGAAGCUUAUCAGAAGAUUUUGGGGUCUACCCACAUCUCUACUACUUGGAUCUAAGUCACAACAAGUUCUAUGGUGAAAUCUCUGAAAACUGGAGCAAGUGCCCGAAAUUGCAAUGCCUGCGGAUGGCAGGGAACAAUAUCUCAGGCAGCAUACCGCCGGAGUUUGGAGAUUCAACCCAACUACAUAGGCUUGAUCUUUCUUCGAAUAAUUUGAUAGGAGAGAUUCCAAGUCAAUUAGGGAAAUUGAGUUCUUUAUGGGAACUAUAUUUGAAUGGCAACCAUCUUUCCGGUGGUAUACCAGGAGAAAUCGGAUUACUAACUGAACUAGAAAAGCUUGACCUGUCUAAAAACAUGUUAAGUGGGCCAAUAGCAGCUGGAAAUCUAGAGAAUUGCAUCAAACUGAAUUACCUGAACUUGAGCCACAACCAUUUUAGCCAAGAAAUCCCAGGUCAUUUUGAAAAGAUAUUUCCUUUGAAUGAAGUGGAUCUCAGUCGAAAUUCACUUACAGGGGAGAUACCAUCGGAGAUCCAACGUUUCCAGAGUUUGGAGCUGUUAAACCUCUCCCACAACAAUCUGUCUGGCUUAAUUCCAAACGCUUUUGAAGACAUGAAUUGGUUGGUGCACAUUGACAUAUCCUUCAAUGAGUUGGAGGGCCCCAUUCCCUUAAGCAAAGCCUUUAUCAAUGCUGCCAUAGAGGGCCUCCAAGGGAACAAAGGCUUGUGCGGAAAUGUCACAGGAUUCCAGCCAUGCAAAAAUCAUUUUCCAGUGAACCACCGGAUGCUUGUUCUUGUAAUCGUGCUCGCUCUUGGUGGAGCACUUUUACUUCUAGGUGCAUUUGUCGGAUUUUUAUUCAUUUCUGAUCGAAGAAGGAGAAAAUCACAAGCAGAAGAUCCCUCCAAAUAUGAACAUCUCUUCUCUAUAGCAACCUACGAUGGAAGAGCAAUGUACAAGGAUAUCCUAAAAGCCACAAAGGAUUUCGAUGCCACGUGUUGCAUUGGACAAGGAGGAUAUGGAACGGUCUACAAAGCAAAACUUGCAUCAGCCAAUACAGUGGCUGUGAAGAAGCUUCACCCCUUGUCUACUAAGGAUGAUUGUCGAGGUUUCUUGAACGAGAUAAGGGCACUAACUGAAAUCAGGCAUCGCAACAUAGUGAAGCUUAAUGGGUUCUGUUCACAUGCCAAGAACUCUUUCCUGGUUUAUGAGUACGUAGAAAGGGGAAGCUUGGCUUCGAUUUUAAGUAGAGACGAAGAAGCUAAACAAUUGGAUUGGCCAAAGAGGGUGAAUAUUAUCAAAGGGGUUGCAUAUGCUUUGUCAUACAUGCACCAUGAUUGCACCCCACCAAUUGUUCACCGUGACAUAUCGAGCAACAACAUUUUGAUUGAUGAGGAGUAUGAGGCUCGCGUUUCAGACUUCGGCACGGCUAAACUUUUGAAGUUGGAUUCCUCCAAUUGGAGUGCACUUGCAGGCACAUAUGGAUAUGUUGCACCAGAGCUUGCAUACACAAUGAAGAUAACGGAAAAGUGUGAUGUGUAUAGUUUUGGAGUGUUAGCACUUGAAGUGAUCAAGGGAAAGCAUCCGGGAGAUUUCAUUUCCUCCCUGUCAACACCAGCUGUUGAAAAUGUACAGCUGAGACACGUAUUGGACCAACGCCCUUCAACCCCAUCUCCUGAAGUUGAGGAGGUAGUGAUGUGCAUUGUGAAGUCGGCAAUUGCAUGCUUGCAUUCCGAUCCACAAUUUAGACCAACCAUGGGCAUAGUUUCUAAACUGCUGUCUACAAGAACAAUCCCUUAGAGCCGCAAAUAUUCAUUCAAGGACGAGAGAUAAAAUCCCCUUUCCAGUUAGUAUAAACCUAAUGCUUUUUUUUACUUUAUGUGGGCUCAAUAGAACUUUGUAUGGUUGCAAUUUUUCCAAUCCUAAUUAUGAUAAAAGAGACAGGAAGCAAAUUUGAUGUGUUGUUAUACUAUGGGGCAAAUGAUGACAAAAGUGCGAGUAGUUUUU